CCGGUGAGUUGGGUCUUUUUUUGUUUUCCCGUAUCCGCCAUUUCAGUUUUUUGAAGUUAGUUGUCAUCAUUCGCUGGCUGUCGGUGGAAUUUUGUCGUCAAAGCCUCGCGGUCCGAUAAACAGAGCCGAAUUGUGCUCACGAACCGGGACAGAGUAGUUUUUAUUAGGCGGUUCCGGCGGCGUGUCGGUGAUUUGGCGGCCAGACGAGCAGCUGCGGAUGUCGCCUAUUUACCGAACGUGCUCUAGGCGCUAAAGUUUUUUUGUAUGAGUUGAAGGCUUCGCGGAGGUUAACGGGAAGGCCCGCUGAAGCCUCGGCUUCCGAGUGACUAUCAUGGCCGGACAAUUUGACUCAGACGACCGCGGCAGCUGGUACUGGGGUCGGCUGAGCCGAGUGGAGGCUGUGUCGCUGCUGCAGGGGCAGAGACACGGCGUGUUUCUGGUCCGGGACUCCAUCACCAGCCCCGGAGACUACGUGUUGUCCGUGUCUGAGAACUCCAAAGUCUCACAUUAUAUCAUCAACAGCAUCAGCAACAACCGACAGUCCGGACCAGGUUUGGCCCAUCCAAGAUUCCGUAUCGGUGACCAGGAGUUUGACGCUCUCCCUGCUUUACUAGAAUUCUAUAAAAUCCACUACUUGGACACCACCACCUUGAUAGAACCCAUCAACAAGUCCAAACACGCCUCCUUUGUCAGUGUAGUCCCUGGUGGAGGCCCCCCACCACGCCUGGAAGAGGAGUAUGUCCGAGCGCUUUUCGAUUUCCCUGGCAACGAUGAAGAGGAUCUCCCAUUCAGGAGGGGUGAUAUUCUCAGAGUUCUUGAAAAGCCAGAGGAGCAGUGGUGGAAUGCCCAGAACUCUGAAGGCCGGGCCGGAAUGAUCCCAGUACCUUAUGUAGAGAAGUACCGACCAGCAUCUCCAAGUUCUGUGGCGGGGUCUUGUUUAGCUGGGGCACCAGGAGGGUUGGGGAACUCUGAUGGCGCUGCACCCCAGCCUGGUGCUCCGCUGCUAGGAGAUCCCAGCCAGUAUGCCCAACCCACCCCUCUUCCAAAUCUUCAAAAUGGACCUGUCUAUGCCAGGGCCAUACAGAAGAGGGUGCCCAAUGCCUAUGACAAGACCGCCCUGGCCUUAGAGGUUGGCGACAUGGUGAAAGUGACCAAAAUCAACGUGAAUGGCCAGUGGGAGGGUGAAUGCAAAGGCAAACGUGGCCACUUUCCCUUCACACAUGUCAAACUGCUGGACCAGCAUAACACCGAGGACGACCUCAGCUGAGACCGAGCAGUCCGACAGAACCUGGACACUAGUAUUAGUCCCUCCCUCCCGUUUCACAGCAUUACCCACACCCAAUGUCUGUUCCCAGUCUUAUCUGCACAAAGUUCAUUUAAAGAGAAUCGCUGAGAACAAAACCGGCCUUUAAUGGACCCUUGUAAUGCACAGAAGCCUCACACCCCUUUCCUCUCUGUAAUCAUGACACUCUCCUUCAACGCCUGCUCUCUGACGUCCCCGCAAAUGGGUCAUAUAAUCUAUAGUGGAACAUGGAAGAUGUUACUUAGCUGAACUAAGUCUCCUGUUCCAUGGAUUUGGCAAAACACCUUAUGUUUUUGCAUAUCCACAUCCACUCACUCACGCCUCAGAAUACGUAUUGUCAGAGUUUUUAACUAUUUUUCCUGUGUUGAAUUCAGUAGAUAAUGUAGUUCUCCCCCAGCUGUUGCCGUGGUUACACCUCUCUGGGGCCACUCAUGCUGCAUUCAUGUCAGGUAUUUGAGUACCUGGGGUCGCGAGUAUGAACUUAAAGUAAUCUAGUAUAUGUGCAGAAAUUACAAUUGCCAUAAAAUGCAUUGACUAACUUUUUUGGGGGGGGGGUCCCCUCUUCAAAGCAUCAAACUGGGUUGAGUUUCAGUACUGUGGUGUUAACGCCUGCAGCUAACACUGUUGUCUUCAGCUGUUACUCUCCAGAAAUCUCAGUCGCGAAUCGUGCUUUUCGGCUCAUCUCCGACAACAAAAAGAUGUGCGCUCCGGUUAAGACUGUUCAUUUUGUUAAAGCUACUUUAAACUGCCCCUCUUGACAGUUUUGCAGCUCAAACAUUGCAGUAGGGUUGAUUCUUGUCUUUGUUUAAUUUGAACAUCUCUCUUCUCUCCUCUUUGUUUAAUUUAAAUGUCUCUCUUCCCUCCUUGUCUUGUUACCGCAACUCACGCAAAAUGUCACACAGCAGUAUCUCAACUGAAUAUUAGCUUUGGUGCACUUGUAAUGAGAAUAACUGGUUUAAAAGGUGAUCUUGUUCUGACAUUCACAACUAACGUUGUGAUAUUUGCAUCCUGAAAACUACAAUAAACCAUGUUCUCAACAUGUCCCUAUAAAGACAUUGAUAGCAGGUAUGUAGUAUCCUGUGGUAACAGCCAUUUACCCCAACAGCCUCAAAAUGGAGGAAACGCCAGCAUUGACAGCAAAUUGAUGCACUAAAAUAAAAAUAAAUUUUCAAAUUAUUUAUGUCUGCACUACACAUAGUUAACACUGUCAACUCAAAAACACUGUGUAAUGGUUAUAAUGCACCACGUGAUUACAGCUAAUUUAAAGCUAGCGUGUAGGAUUUAGUGUCAUCUAGUGGAGAGGUUACAGAUUAUGCCAUUGCCAGGCACAAUUUUGUUUCCUUUCACGUUUUCACUUCUUUGGCUGUGGAGACUGAUGCUCCCUUGUCUUCUAUUGAGAUGAGCAAUAUGUGUAACACUAGUUUCCAAAAAUGAAAUCAAACCUGUUAACCUGUGUAUAGGAGAUGAAACACUGAUUCCUCUUUUCUUUUUUCUUUUUUUUUUCUUGCCUUUGAUCAGUGUUGCGAAAGGUACAUGCCGUCUCUUUUGGGUUAGUGUAUCAACAUGAUGGCCUCCGUGAGGAGCUUAUGAGAAGACAUUGGUUUGUUGUUGCAGGUAAUUAUACACUAAUAAAUCCAAAUACUAAGUAUGUACUAAUAUUAGCUGGGAAACAAACAACCCAACAGUAACUAUAGUAGGUAGUAGAACUAAAGAAGGUAAUAGGACACAUUGUAGAUGCACUACACCACCAUUAUCGUCUCUGUUUGUUGACACAGAUGUUUACAGAUUCCGCAUAUGUGCAUACUCAUAUAUUCCCUGACCAUUUGUUUUACAACAGCAGACUUCCUAGUAUAUAUCUGUACAAUGCCAUGUCCCCUCAGCUGUUGCUACCCUUUUCAUCAAUGUAUGUCUACUAUGUUUGAGUUUUCCCAAGAAGCUGUUCUUUGGAUACUGCACUCCAGCUUGACUCAUGGGUUAGCUUAGUGUAGUCUGUUUCCACACUGUGGCAGUAGUAGAUCAUCCGGGUCCCAUUCACAACUACUAAAUGGCUACUGAGUAUUCAGACAUCCUACAGAUUGACAUACUGCUUCUUGUCAACUGCAUAGUAAGUCAGUAGGAGUAUUCUGCUGUAGCCUUAGUUAUAAGUUCUGUAUUCAAUUCCUGAUUUUAAACACCUCUAAAUCCGACACACUGUAGCUUUAACAAAUCUGCUCAGUUCCACUCUAGUAUUAGACAUGGUGUCACAGACCAGAGACAGUAGUUACUGGACAAGACCAUCUAAGAUUAGCCUGAAUGAAUUUCAGACCUGCCUCUGUUCCCAGGUCACAUUGUGGUUACUAGGAGCCAAACAGACUUUGUUACUGUAAAGGUCUGAUCUGCAGUUUGCAUGCCGGACAUGAAUGCAGCAUGUUGUUGUGGUAACCCGCGUGUCAGUACACAGAUAAUCGAAGCAUUGAGGUGGGACGGCAUUGAGCCUGCUGUGGUGUUUUAUGGUUAGAGACAAAGCAGAGAGGCAACUUCACCAAGAGGUGCAAAGCUGUUUCUCAAACAUCUUCCCCACCCAGACAUAAAAUGAUGAACGCUGAACCAAAUGAAGACCAGCAUUGAGAUCAACACCACAUGGCCAUAGCUGCUGCCCAGAACCCUAGUAAUGAACCUGAGAAUGUCAGACUGGUGUCAUGGUGGAGAUUAAGACACUACAUUCACCCUUUUGUGCAGCCUGGCUCCUUCCCUCCAUCAACUACAGCAACGUGCCACCAAGUAGUCUUUUGUACGAAGCAAAAGAGCAUAAUGUUAUGAAAUGAUGUAGUAUGUGGUUAUCAUUACAUGCUAAAAUACUGUUUUUGUUAUCUCUGUAGUUUUGUUUCUUGAUGGCUAAUGUUCUCCAUGAAAACACUUUCAAUGUUCAUUUUGUACUACUGCAUGUUGAGGGAAGACUGUGCAAAAUGUAUAAACUGAUUUGGAGGACCACAUAUGUUCACCCCAGUGCCCACAAGGCCACAUGCGUCCUCAUUCUGAUUCCAGCGUACAUUAAAAAACUGAAUGUAGGAUAUCCCACUGUGUUAGUGCUGCCUCCUUGUUUUAGCGAUCUCCAUUCAGCUUGCUGAAUAUACCAUCUUACUACAUGUUUGCGGCAAAAACUUAAUUAGGUACCUGCGCUUUCUUUUUAAUCCUUGUUGCAGUGAUUUAUUCUUUAAAAAUCUUUAUUUCCUGUUUUGGCAGUGCUUCCUUAAAGCUUAUUUUUUCUUUCAGUCUUAUCUAGUUACUAUUUCCAUACUAUGAUUAUAGAAAGCCUACAAACCAAUGAGCAUUUACAUGUUUUUAUUUCUUUAAACCUUUUUAAAUAUAGUUUCUCUAAUUCUUUUAAGUGAUCCCCUUUAAACUUGCAUAGGAAACCAAUCUCCACAAGAAGAUAUAAGUUAAGUAAAAAUAUCAGUCAUAGUAAUUGAAUACAUAAAUAUAGACACCCUUUAGUAUAACAACCCAAACACUUUCACAGUUUUUAAAUAAGUACGGGGAAGGAUACAACUUUUCCAAGAUAUUGAAUGUGUCUGAUAUCAUUAUGAAAUACAAACUGUAGGCAGUUCUCAAAAACUCAGUGAUUGUGCAAGAAAGACUGAAGGAUGCCACCAAGACACCCAUGAAGGUCUUUGAAGGAAUAAUUCACCUCCUGGCUCUGAUUGGGGAAACUGCACAUGGCAAGUUUGUCUUGCAUCACCAGCCACGAGAAAACAUCCAGUCUAGAUUUGAGUCUGCCAUGUGCCUUCUGGCAAUUUGGCUGAAAUGUCUUGUCUUAUUUUUAAGAAUAUCAUGUGUUCCAUCCACUCCAGCAUGAAGUUGUGUAAUUCGCUGCUUUAACAUUUCCCAUAAUCCCCCUGUGCGUCCCAGAAUGCACCAUGGCGCCAGUAGAGUUCCGGCAUUUCAAAGCCAUGUAAACAAUGGCUGGCGAGGAUGUGCAUGGCAUUGAUUCAGUGAGUUCACGAACAAUUAUGAUGACAGGUUCUCCUAAGCUGAGAGGGUUAUUUGGAGGAGGUGUAGCACCUGCGAUGAACUUCUGUUGUGCCUCGAUGUUGGCUUGUUGUUCAUACUUCACAAGAGGUGUUUACAUUGUGCCCCAAACCAUAACUCUGCUGAAACAGACUCUCGUGUAAGUCACGGACCAUGAGACAGUUUCAUAGUUGUCAUGGUAUCUUGGUGGCUUCCCUCACUAACCUUUCACUUUUUAAAGACAUUUAAAACAACGCCAUUAAAAUUAGACUAGUAUGUGUAUCCGCUGUGCUUUUUGUUUUUUGUCUUUUGGGGGGGGUCAUUACCAAGACACUGGUGUCACCCAUAUUAGUCUUUUUCUAAGAGGUUUUCUGUAGAGAUUCAGUCACUUGUUGACAUCUGACAAUCAUCGUCCUCCCUGGUAAUGCAAUUUGGAAAUGAUCGAGACAGUGGUGCUAUACUGGGCAGUUGAGAUCUUUUCUAUGAAUGAACCCUGUCCACUUUGAAAUAGAUCUUUGAGAACUUGCUGUUGCUUCUAAAGGCUUCGCGAAUCAUGAUAGCCAAAUGUGACCUCGUAAGUGUUUUUUUUUUUCUUUCUGAGCCUACUAGAUGCAGUUUUUCAAAAAAAAAAAAAAAAAGGGCUCAGAGAAAACUGAAAUACAUUGUGGUUUGAGCCACCACCCCCACCCCGACUGCCAUCUAGCAGGCUCAUACAAAAACAGCAAAUACUUCAAGAGGCCUCAAUUCAGCCGUCUCUUAUCACAGUGGUUAAUUUAUGCUCAGUAUACUGUCAUCUUUUGAUGGUGCUGUAACAAAGCAAAGUACUCUUGAAAUGCAUUUUAUCCAUAGUUUUUAGAUUAAAUUUGUUUUUGUUUACUAAAAUGUGCUCACUGCCUUUACAUCUAGUUUGUAUCAAUGUCAUACUUUUUGGGGUUUAAUGACACACAGUUGCUCCUGAUAGAUUAAUUUUCAUGAUUAUUCAGCUUUGCUUAAAAUAUCUGUCCUGUUUUCGCAUUGUUUGUCUAUAUUACAAACCCUUGCUAAAAGAUAUAUGACAAAAAUGUGGUUGACGUCUUGGAAAAAGCUUGGCCCUACAAGUAUUAAUGUUCCCUGCCCAUAUUCUUGACCCAGUCUUCUGUUCAUCUGUUAUGAUCAAAAUAAAGCUUUUCAUUUGCAGUGCUAAGAUGUAGAAAUCAUUAUUAUAUAAUUUGUAUUGCCAAUGAUGCAAGGUUUGUUUUUUGUUUCUUUGCAGACUUGCAUGAAGUCUAUUUCCUUUGAUUACCAGGAAGAGGUGGCAAAUGCCAGUGGAAAAUGUGCCAGUUUAAUAUAACACUAUAUUCUUUCAACACAAAUUACUUUUUCUGUAGCAUGUAAUGUGUUAAUAUACUAGUAAAUAAAGUUAAAUCUGAGACAAAUUCA